AUCAAACUGAACUUAAUUUGAUUCUACUUUCUUGGCUAUUCACCGGUUCUCUAUCACAAAUACUCAAACUUGAACCGAAUUGUCUUGAAAAAUAGCCUAACCAAUUUUUAUAAAUAUCUGAAUAACCUAGAAACAUAAUGAACCCAAGCCAGGCCUAAUUCACCUACUCAUCAUCAUCACCAUCAUCAUCACCUCCUCCUCCUCUUCUCUCACUCUCCAUUUCUCGAUCACACCAAGACAUUCGAUCUCGAGAAAGUGAAGCGAGCUCUAGAGAUGGAAACUACAUUUUAUUCUCCUGAACGAAGAAAAAAGAAACGUUCACAUGGCUACCUCAGAGGAGGAGGAGGAGGAGAUCCUACUCCAUGCAUACAAUAACGCACAAGUCUUCUUCCAUAAGGGUGACUACACGAAAGUUUUGAAGAUUACAGAAAAAGCGAUCUCCCUUCAUCUCACGAAUACCUCCACUUAUCGUCACCAUCUUCUCCAGGGUGAAGUGUUCCUUGAGCUCGCAAGAAAGGCGGAAGGUGAUGAUGUUAGAGGUGUGUACUUGUUCGCUUCCCUUGAUUCUUACUCGGUUUCAAGUCGUCUCUGUCCGGAAUCUGUACGCGCCUUCCAUGGAUGUGCUCUUGCACUCAUGGAAUUGGCUGAUAAGCUGGGAUUGAGCACAUUGUAUGAGAAAGCGCUCGCCAAGGCUAGUCUAGGUCUAGUAAUAUUGAUGAAGAUGCAACCUCGAGGAACUUCUGAAGAUGAUUUGCAGUUAAAGAUGGAGUCUUUGAUUGAACUUGCAAGAGAGAAAACGAAAUGUAAAAGUGCUAUGGUUGUGCAUGUCGAUGAUCGAGUACAGGAAGAGAGGAAGGGAGAACAGGGCAAGGAAGAUCACGACGUUGAUGUGUUGAAGAAAUGUUGGAACAAGCUAGAUGAAAAAGCCAAAAGAGAGUUCUUGGUGUUGGACAGUAAGAACUUUGUGGAGUAUAUACAGUCUUGUCACGCUAAGACAAAGUCUGAGAGGAGGCACUUUGCCAAGUGUCUCUGCAUCGAUGAUACUUUUAGAUGGAGAAAGUGGAAGUGUCGUAUCUGUCCACAAGUCAAUUACUGUUUGGUAGAUUGUACAUGGCAUAUAAUAGAUAAGCAUGUCCAAAAGUUUCAACCUCCAAGCAGUUCCCGUCCUAGGCGUUUGGAUGAGUGUUUUGCUAGCAUGAUAUGUUGUGGGAAUUGGGAGCCUGUGGAUACAGCAGAGGCAAUAAGUCUAAUCAAAGAUAAAAUUGAGCGCAAGGAAGAGCUUGUCUAUGUGAAUGGAUGGUCUAGUGAAUGGGCUAUAGCGAGUGAUGAAAGAAGGAAAGACAUGCUCAGACAGUUGGGUCAUGUUCUCAAAGAUUAUUGUGAAAACGAUAUCAUGCCAAGCAGCGUUUGGGAUUGGUUGAUGGUUUAUACAGAGGAGAAUGUGAAACUGCCUGAAGUUCCUGGGGACUACCUUGAACAAUGCAAAUUCUUCAAGAGCCCUCAAUGUCUCUGCUUUUUAGAAGAGAAGAACGUUGAAUACCUUCUGGAAUACGUUAGAGAGCUAAGCACUGAUCUUCGGGCAGGUUUGGUUUUGAAAGUGGUUGAUGGGUUAUGGGUAAAGUCACUGGUGAAGGAAAGAAUCGAUAUUGAGAGAGUUAGUUUUAAUCUGCUUCUAGAUGAGAGGCUACUGUUAGAAGGAGAGCAUCGUGAUUAUGAUGACGUAGGGACAGUAAAGACUUUCAAAUCCAGUGGAAUUUAUGACCAUGUGAUACCUAAGGGUGAUGAGAUUGUCUCUUGGGUUCUAGAUUGCCCACCAAUCGAUGCAGAUUCGUGUCCCAAGUGGCAGAGGGUACACAGAAUCUUGAAAUAUGGCUAGCAGCAUUGAGAAUAGUGCGCUCCACAGCUAGGAAAGAAGAAAGCUACUACACUAAGAGAGACAAGCUACUAAGGUAUAAGAUGUUGGGUGAAGCUGAAGCCCUUUGUGACAAAGAAGACAAGUGGAGGAAUGCUUAUCAGAGGAGCAGAUAUGCGUUGGUGCUUAGACGUAAGUGUGAGCAGCGUUGUUUUGUCAGUGUGGUAAAGGAUAUUCUUGAAGGAGCUGCUACUCCAAGAUUUGGAGAAUUAGAUGACAAAGAAUUCACGGAUGGUACAUCCGAGCUCUUUACUACUGUAGAGAAUGAUGCAGUCAGAAGAAAUAUUUGGAAGCUCAGAAACUCACUUAAGAAAAAGGUCUUCUUCUUCUUCUUCUUCUUCUUCUUCUUCUUCUUCAUUUCAGGGGGGGAUUUUUGCAGGUCAUUUCCAUUGAUGCAAAGAUUUUGCUGAAUGAGUGGACGUACAAGAAGCUACACGAAUUUGCAAGACUAUCAGUCAUUGAGAACCGAUUAGUGGUUAUUCCUUUUGUGAAGCUCUAUUUGCAGGAUAAACUGAAGAGCAUGCUGAAAACACAUAAGAGAAAGAUUACAACAGCUGCUGCAGGAGCUUCUGCUAAGAAGGGACGUAGAUAAACGAGUUUUUGAUGCAGGGCUACACUUUUGGAGGCUCAUUCGUACAAAUGGCGAAAUGUUUUGAAUAGGAAUGCUUGAGAAGAUGGUCUUUUAUGUUUUGCUUAAACUUUGAAUCUAAGACUUUCUAGUUUGUUCCAGAAUGAGAUGCAUACAAUGUUUGUGUUUGUGGAGGGAAAGUUUGAGGACAUAGACAUAACGAACUGCUCUUGUUGAGCUUCAAAGGCUUACACAAGUUUUAUUCCCUUUCAUUACAUAUGUGAGCAUGGAUCUUAAUAAGAUUUCUCAUUUUGCUUCAAA